AAUAAGGUAUAGGCGGCAACAAUUCUUUAUUCUGCGUAGGCUGCAACAGGUCUCGUAUGUAAGUAAAAGGGAUAUAAUAAAGAAUUACCUGAAAAACACAUGUGAAGCGAGGUUUUUAGGCCGCCAUAUUGUCUGUACGCGUAACCGUAAAAGUCACGUGAUUCCCUACCGUGGUAAUGAAAUAUUCAAAUAUUGACAUCGUAAAAAGCAACAUUACAAUUUUUAUAAAUUGAAUUAAUGACGUAUCCCCAUGGAUAAGUCAUUGAAUUAAGGGAUGUUUUUCCUUUUAUUCAAAGUGUUAAGUGUUGCUAUUUUAUGAUAAAUAAAUCAUACAUGAUAUUUGAAAUGACACUUUUUUAAAUUAUCUGGUUGUUUGUACGUUAUGAGACCUAUUCUAUUCUUUUUUAUCUUAUUUAUCAUAAACAGCUUCUCCCAGAAUCACGUGACUACACGUUGUAUGUUAUCGUUAUAAAAUCUAUUAAUAGUAACAAAUGGCUGAUAAGAAAAUCAUACAGGUAACCUGUGAAUGGUUUGCAGCUGAUAAAAGUGCAAAUCAAAGUUAUUCCCUGCGGUCUGGAGACCGCAGGGUACUGGUACGCGUUUAACUUUUGAGGCAUGGAGGAGCACGUGAUCUGUUUUCGGUACAUGGAGGAGCAUGUGAUCUGUAAACUGUACAUGAUUGGUUAAUCGACCUUUUCGAAAACCCAGCUAAAUACCGUUUGCCGGUACGUUACGGAUUUACCUGUAGAGAAUUAGUCCGAAUUAUACCUAAUUGAGAACAAAAAACUAUAACGUGAUAUUUCUAAUUUUCUAUAAUUAUUUUACCGUUUAAGGUGGAAAAACUUGAAUGAUGUGUUUGAAAAUUAUGAAUGUUUCAUUAAUAUCUAUCUCAAAUUUUACAAACAAUAAAUUAUUUAUACUGAAAAUCUACAAAAUUAAAAUAUUCGUAGUGUAUAGAGAUAGAGAUAUUUUCUGCGUAAACUUGUGUGUUUACUUUAUUUAUUUUUUGCUCGGAAUUAUUCAUAAAAUGGUAGGCCUAUUUAAUCAUUUUCUUAAAAAGAAAUAAUUGUUUUAUGUUCGACCUUCUCCGGUCUUCAACGGUCACCAGUUUCCAAAGACCUUCUUUUAUAAUGAUCGAUUAUUGUCAAGUAUAUUCCUGAUACAAACGUUUAUUUAUUCCCCCUCCCCCCAAAUAAUGUUGAAAAUAGUUAAAUGAAAUAUCUUAAUAUCAUUAAAAUGUUCACCGCAGGAAACCAUUUUACUUGUUUUGUGUAUGACAGUAGGGGCCGGAAUCGUAUUGGAUACACAGAGAAAACUAAUAAACUAUCUUUGUGUUGAUAGUUUAUCGCACUGGAAGGCAAUUAAACGUUAACUAUAUAGUAACGACAGGAAUAUUGAUUUCAGCUAAAUAAUUUUUUUUUCGAAAGUGCAUAAGAAUUUUUUUUUUAUGCAGACACCACUUUUAUAGUAGAAUUGCAUUGUUUUAUGCAAUAAUUAAGCAUAUAUAUUUUCAUAGUCUCUUUGCAAAUAUUCGAUGAUCGGUAAUAAUUUGUCGGUAAUGAUCGGAUUCAGUAUGGUACAACGGUAUAUGUAUAAAGUAGAAUUACAAGUAGAAUUAUAAUCAUAUCACUUGCUCUACAGGUGUUAGAUUUUAAGUUAGUUUCAAAUUGAAGACUGUAGGUUCGAUAAAGUGAUUUUUUAUGUUUUCUUUUAUAAUACUUUUUGUAUUUUGUAAAACUUGACCAUUUAUCAAAAUUAUGAAAUAAAAAAGUGCUAGAAAUAAAACACACGAUUUAUCAACUUAUGUUUCAUAAAGUUAAAAGAUAUAAUAAAAAUCAAUUUAUGAAAACUACACACAGGAUUUGUCCAAGAUUCGAACUUGCUCCAACGAAUGUAGGUUACAACUUACCACUAGGCCAUUGAGCAAUAUUUAUUGAUAUAAUUAUACAUGUAAUUAUACUUACAAUGAAAUCGUUAACAUUAAUCAUAAUAAGUUAUGUAAGCUAACGAAACAGCUCCCGAAAAUUAUUGAGUCUCGGGUAAAUAUUGCCAAACAGUACUUCCUUAUUUAAUAAUGAUAACAGUUUCUUGACAAAAUUGCUAAGCAAGUUUGCUUCAAAUAUGAUGUUUUAUUAUAACAUAAUAUGAAUUUAUUGCAUAAAACUCUUUAACAAAGUUUAUAGCAAGAAAGAUAUAAUUGUGGCAAGUACGUGAAAACGUAUUUCUGAAUAAACAUUACUCAACGUAUUGUUCUUCUUUUCUUUAUACUCGAACCAUUAAACUGAUAUUUUCUUUUAUUAUGCUCCCCGAAAAAUUUCGGGGGAGCAUAUAGUCGUCGGUUGUCCGUCCGUCCGUCAGUCCGUACGUACGUCCCGAAUUCGUGUCCGGACCAUAACUUUGUUGUUAUUUGAAGUCGGAUUUUAAAAUUGUUUCACAGAAAUGAUCACCAUAUUGAGACGACGUGUCGCGCGCAACAUUUGGGUCGCUACCUUGAAGGUCAAGGUCACAGCAUGACCUUGCAGCAAAAUCGUGUCCGGUCCAUAACUUCAUUAUUUGAAGUUGGAUUUUAAAAAUAUUUCACAGAAAUGAUCACCAUAUUGAGACGACGUGUCGCGCGCAACAUUUGGGUCGCUACCUUGAAGGUCAAGGUCACAACAUGACCUUGCAGCAAAAUCGUGUCCGGUCCAUAACUUCAUUAUUUGAAGUCGGAUUUUAAAAAAAUAUUUCACAGAAAUGAUCACCAUAUUGAGACGACGUGUCGCGCGCAACAUUUGGGUCGCUACCUUGAAGGUCAAGGUCACAGCAUGACCUUGCAGCAAAAUCGUGUUCAGUCUAUAACUUUGUUAUUUGAAGUUGGAUUUUAAAAAAUUUCACAGAAAUGAUCACCAUAUUGAGACGACAUGUCGCGCGCAACAUUUGGGUCGCUACCUUGAAGGUCAAGGUCACAGCAUGACCUUGCAGCAAAAUCGUGUCCGGUCCAUAACUUUGUUAUUUGAAGUCGGAUUUAAAAAAUAUUCCACAGAAAUGAUCACCAUAUUGAGACGAUGUGUCGCGUGCAACAUGUUGGUCGCUUCCUUGAAGGUCAAGGUCACAGCAAGACCUUGCAGCAAAAUCGUGUCCGGCCCAUAACUUCCCUAUUUGAAGUUAGAUUUAAAAAGUAUUUCACAGAAAUGAUCAUCAUAUUAAGAUAACGUGUCAUGCACAACAUUUAAAUCGCUGCCUUGAAGGUCAAGGUCACAGCAUGACCUUGCAGCAAAAUCGUGUCCGGCCCAUAACUUCCUUAUUUGAAGUCAGAUUUUUAAACUAUUUCACAGAAAUGAUGACCAUAUUAAAAUGGCGUGUCAUGCGCAACAUUUGGCUCGCUAACUUGAAGGUCAAGGUCACAGCAUGACCUUGAAGCAAAAUUGUGUCCGGCACAUAACUUCAUUAUUUGAAGUCGGAUUUUACAACUAUUUCACAGAAAUGAUCACCACAAUGAGACAUUGUAUCGCGCGCAACAUUUGGGUCGCUACCUUGAAGGUCAAGGUCACGGUAUGACCUUGCAGCAAAAUUGUGUCCGGCCCAUAACUUUGUUACUGGAAGUCGGAUUUAACAACUAUUUCACAGAGAUGAUCACCAUAUUGAAUCGACGUGUCGCAUGCAACAUUUAGGUCACUACGUUGAAGGUCAAGGUCACAGCAUGACCUUGCAGCAAAAUAAUGUCAGGCGCAUAACUUUGUUAUUUGAAAUCGGAUUUUACAACUAUUUCACAAAAAUGAUCACCAUAUUUAGACAAUGUGUCGUGCACAAUAUUUGGGUUGUUUUUACACUUUGAACUUUGUCUGUGACAUAACUCUGACACAACAAGAGGUAUACCUUCCUGUGUCCAAAACCUAUUCGGGGAGCAUCACCCGGUUCAACCGGCUCUUGUUUAUUAUGAUGAUGCAAUCAUAUUUCUAUCCGGCGACUUGAUGCUUUAGCAUCAAAAUCUCUACUUGUUUUUAUUUUAUUUGUUAAAAAGUAUGAUUUGUGACCGGAAACUGCUAGGAAACCAGUAAGUUUAUUAUUAAUUGAUAUAAAUUGGAGAGAAAAAUACUUAAAUGAAGUAUUUAGAUGUUAAAUUCAAGUUUCAAUUUUGUUAGCAUCAUCAGCAACAAUAAAUGAGUACUGUAGCCUAAGUUUAUUAUAAAUUGAUAUAAAUUAGAGAAAAAAAUAUUUUAUUGAAGUAUUUAGAUGUUUAAUAAAUUGGUAACUUUUAUAUAAUCAAUUGAUAUAAAUUUCAUCCUUAGUAACAUAUAAACUCACUAAUGGGCCUCACAGAGAGAAGACGCAGCUAUCAGCAGCCAGUGGUCAUAACGAGGCAUUAGCAGCUACGGUCAAGACGUAUAAUUGUUCAUAAUUAAAGUAAAGCCUGUGUAUUUUUCACAAGUUUAAAUUAUUAUAGUGUAAUUAUUUAGGACUAACAAGUGUUUCAUUUGUGGAUAUUAAUUAAGCAGUUAAAAAAAAAAAAAAAAGUGUGAUAAGAGGUAUGUUUCAUUUAUUUGUAUAUAUUUAUUUUAAGUUUAUACUUAAAAUCGUUUAAUUUUUUGUCAAAAAAAAAAACAAAACAAAAAAACCUCGUAUAUGUUUGAUGUCUGAACACCACAGACAAUAUAUACAUUUGUAGUUAUAUAUUUUAUAACAACAAUAUUUAUUAGCCAAUUUUGUCUGAACACUGCUGCCAAAUACGAAAAAAAAAUAUAAAAAAAAUGUCUGAACACCACAGGCAAAACAAGAUACAGUGUUCGUAAUCAUGCUUAUCCAAACACCAUGGAAAAGCAAAAAUUGUCUGAACACCACAGACAAAAGACUCAUUUGUUCGUAAUGAAAUCAUGCUUAUCCAAACACCAUGGAAAAGCUAAAACUGUCUGAACACCAAAGACAAAAGACUCAUUUGUUCGUAAUGAAAUCAUGCUUAUCCAAACACCAUGGAAAAGCUAAAACUGUCUGAACACCACAGACAAAAGAUACAUUUGUUCGUAAUUAUGCUUAUCCAAACACCAUGGAAAAGCUAAAACUGUCUGAACACCACAGACAAAAGAUACAUUUGUUCAUAAUGAAAUCAUGCUUAUCCAAACACCAUGGAAAAGCUAAAACUGUCUGAACACCACAGACAAAAGACUCAUUUGUUCGUAAUUAUGCUUAUCCAAACACCAUGGAAAAGCUAAAACUGUCUGAACACCACAGACAAAAGAUACAUUUGUUCGUAAUUAUGCUUAUCCAAACACCAUGGAAAAGCUAAAACUGUCUGAACACCACAGACAAAAGAUACAUUUGUUCGUAAUGAAAUCAUGCUUAUCCAAACACCAUGGAAAAGCUAAAACUGUCUGAACACCACAGACAAAAGACUCAUUUGUUCGUAAUGAAAUCAUGCUUAUCCAAACACCAUGGAAAAGCUAAAACUGUCUGAACACCACAGACAAAAGACUCAUUUGUUCGUAAUUAUGCUUAUCCAAACACCAUGGAAAAGCUAAAACUGUCUGAACACCACAGACAAAAGAUACAUUUGUUCGUAAUUAUGCUUAUCCAAACACCAUGGAAAAGCUAAAAUGGUCUGAACAUUACAGACAAAUUAUAUAUUGGUUUGCAAUAGGGCGUGUUCAUGCAACAUGACAUACAUAAUAAUAAUAAUAAUAAUAAUAAUAAUAAAAAAAAAUCAGGCGUCUUGCAUAUCACAGAGGGACGAAUUAAUGAUUUAUGUAGAUAUCUAUUUGACGGCGUUAUUUACGCCUGACUGCGAUUAAAUUCUAAUCGUUUAUAUAUGUUUCUUCUUCAUUUUAUUGCUUAAAUGGACUGCUGCUAGAAAUGUUUAAAAAACAUUUUUCAGGAUCAUGGCCGACGAUCAAGAGGUCGGAAACAACCAGUCCAAUAUUCCCAAUAUAUUUGAAAAAUUCGGGACACUUGCAGGAUCUUCUAGUCAGUUAGAAGACAUCCAAAAUGCAAUAAAAGGUUUAACGGAUUCUCUGACUGAAAUGAGGUCUGACGUAAAUUCUUUGAAAAGAACUGCAGUUACCUGCGAAGAAACAUCAACUUCGAAACGUUUUUGCACGAGGGAUGAUUCAGGCUCAGAUCACGAAAGCGUGGGAGAUUUUUUCACCGAAUCUGGGGUCACCCAGGGCAUGGCGACCCUGGUACCUCAGCACAAACGGAAACAUGCGCUCAAUUUACAGGGCAACAUGAAUUUCAAUCUACAGCGACGACGUCAAAAUCACAAUUACAGAACAAAACAGCAGAAAAAGAAUACUUUCCAAUCAAGAGCACAGAAAAAUUAAUAUCCGAAUGUAAUAGGCAGGGUCCUGCAAAAAGUAGAAAUAGAUCAAACAGAUCUACUGUGUUUAGUAGCACCAAUAUGGCCUGCACAGACAUGGUGGCCGACAUUAAUACAACUUAUUGUUGCACCAUGCCUUCUACUUCAGCACCCUCAGGACAUCCUUACGUUGUGCCAUCGACCGGGAAAGAAACACCCAUUAAAAAAGAUGAGGCUGGCGCUUUUUCCCUUAUCAGGAAAGCGCUUGAAGAUAGAGGGAUUUCAAAUGAAGCUCAGCAGAUUAUCAUUAAUUCGUGGCGGAGAACAACCAGGAAACAGUAUCAAACAUAUCUUAAACAAUGGUUUCAUUUCUGUGAAGGGAAACACGAUCCCUUUAAACCCCUUGUAGCAACAGUGAUAGCAUUUUUGUCUCACCUAUAUUCAAAAGGGAUAACCUACAGUGCGAUUGGUAUUGCCAGAUCAGCAAUUUGUGAGUUUGAUAAGAUAACUUCAAACGUAGAUCUCAGCAAUAAUAACCUGAUAUCACGGUUCAUGAAAGGUGUAUUUAACACAAGGCCGGCACUUCCGAGAUAUAAAGAGAUAUGGGAUGUGCGAACAGUUUUAGAUUUUUUAUCAAAAACAGAAAAUGAUACACUAUUAUUUUUGGCUGGAAAAUUAAGCAUGUUGUUUUUAUUGUUGUCAGCUCAGCGGUGUCAAACACUCCAUCUCAUUUGUUUGGAAGACAUUAAUAUUUCAGACGAAAGAUUGAUAAUAAACACUUCACAUUUAUUAAAAACAUCGAAACCUGGUCGGCAUCAGACACCCUUUUUGUUUGACAGUUUUAAAUCAGAUAAACGCUUGUGUAUUGUCAGCGUCAUUAGUGAGUAUUUACAGAGAACGAAAGACCUCAGAAAUACCAAUAAAUUACUGAUAUCAACGGUCAAGCCUCAUGGGGCCGUUUCAAAACAAACAAUUUGGAUUAAGCUAAUUAUGCACAGAGCUGGGGUGCAUAAAUCAUUCAAACCACAUAGUACGCGCGCUGCUGCGUCUUCAAUCACACACAUGCGUGGAGUCCCGUUACAGACGAUAAUUGAAUCAGCGGGAUGGAGCAAUGCUAAGACAUUCGCUAAAUAUUAUGAUAAACCAGUAUCAAAUACCAAUGGAAAAUCUAUGCAGGCUAUCAUAGAUAUUGCUAAUUAGAGUGUAUAAUAAUGGGACAAAAAAGAGAGAAAAAAAAAAAAAAAAAAAAAAAAACUGUAGUGAUAAUAAUAAUUAUAGCUAUAUUUAAUUACUUUCUAUAUAGUUGUGCAUGGCAUUUAUAUUCUGGAAAAAUAUGAAAACAUGUGUUUUUACCGAAUUGCAGAAUCAUAAAGACCUUUAUGUCUUGAAAUUAAAUCGUUGUUCUUCAUAAUAACAUGAAAGAUAAAUAUUUACUAUGGCGUUGGAUGGCACGUAAUGUCCUUUCCAAAAUAUCGCAAAAAGGACUCUAAAAUCUCUGUGGGGCCCAUUAGUGAGUUUAUAUGUAGGAUGAAAUUAAAUGAUUAAGCUAGACUUACCUGUAAGGUGAAGGUUAAUCAUGAUUUCAUCCACAUAAAACUCACUAAGGGCUCACACACCCAACCCGCUACCUCCCCGUUUAAACUGAUAUUUUUGCGAUAUUAAUCGGCAUUACUUACUCUAAAAUAUGACCACUGGCUGCUGAUAGCUGCGUCUUCUCUCUGUGUGAGCCCUUAGUGAGUUUUAUGUGGAUGAAAUCAUGAUUAACCUUCACCUUACAGGUAAGUCUAGCUUAAUCAUUUAA